UGUGUUUUUUUUACUAUUAUUUAAGGGUCAAUAUUUUAGAAAUACAAUUUAAAUAUAAACAAUGAAGGAACUUCUUACUUUUGGUAUUUUUUUGGCACUAAUUAGUUUGCAUGUUGCACCGCCUGUUGGUAAAAAAGAACCAGAACUACCAGCAAAUGAGACUGGAACUGUAGAAGACAAGCAAGAUGCUGAAUACUUUAGAUAUUUAUCACAAGUUGUAGAAGUACUUGAAAAAGAUCCUGAAUUUAAAUCCAAGCUACAUAAUGCUUCAGAAGAAGAUAUUCGUUCAGGAAAAAUUGCCAAUUAUUUAGAUUUAGUUGGGCAUGGAGUGAGAUUAAAACUUGAUGAGAUAAAAAGAACAGAAGUUGAAUAUCAAAGAGAGUUGUUACGACAAAGACAAGACUUCAUGUCUGGCAUAGAAAGAAACUAUUGGAACCCUAUACAUCAUGACAAUAAAGACUCUUUUGAAAUGGAGGAUUUGAAAAAACUAUUAUCAAAACACAAUGAUAUGAUGAGUGCACAAGAUGCCAAACGUCAUGAAGAAUUUAAAGCUUAUGAGAUGGAAAAAGAACAUGAACGCAGGGAAAAAUUACAUAAUAUGACUGCUGAAGAGCGUGCUAAGGAAGAAGCAUUAUACAAAGAACAUCGUGAGCAGAGAAGUAAACAUGAGAAGAUACAUGAACCCGGACAUAAAGCUCAGUUGGAAGAAACAUGGGAAAAAGAAGAUGGUUUAGAUCCUGAAAGCUUUGAUCCAAGAACUUUUUUUAACUUGCAUGAUAAAAAUUCUGACCAUUACUUGGAUCUUUACGAGUUGGAGACCAUAUUUUUGGCUGAUAUAGAUAAAGUCUACAAUGAAAGUAAUCCUGAAGUUGAUCUUAGAGAAAGGUCUGAAGAAAUAGAAAGAAUGAGAGAACAUGUCAUGAAGAAUAUGGAUAAAGAUAAAGAUGGAUUAAUAUCAUUUACGGAGUUUAUGGAUGAAACCAAAUCUGAAGACUUCGAAAAGGAUGAAGAUUGGAAACCUUUAACUGAGCAAGAUCAAUUUACUGAAGAAGAACUUCAAGAAUACGAAAAAAUGCUUUCAGAAAACCCUCAUGGAGUAAGCUGAAUAGACAAAUACUGUUUUUAGAAAAUGUGAAACAGGAAGCCUCGCACUAAGUUGAAAAUCAUUAAAAGUUGUUAUGUCAUUGUUCUAUUGUUA